AGUUUGCAACUGCCAUCUAUCGUUUAUAAAAUAGCAUUGCUGUGGUACGGAGGAACCGCCUUGUUGUAAUUACGUAUUCAUUUCUUCUGAAGUUCAGCGAGGAGCAACUUGGUUAAAGUUGAUUAGUUGUGCUGAAGACGUUAGGAUGAUGAAGCAAUGGAGCUGCUGGCGCGGACUGAAGUACCUGCGGUGGCCCCAGGCCGGAGCCUGGUCCCGCCUGCGCGGCCCGAGGUCGCACCGUGUGGGGAGCCGGCACUUAGCAACCAGGCCGGGGGCUGUGCGGAUAGGCUGCGCGUCCGGCUUCUGGGGAGACACUGCGACCUCGGUUCCACAGUUGGUGUAUGGUGGAAGCCUGGAUUUCUUGGUGUUUGAUUACCUGUCUGAAAUCACCAUGUCUCUGCUUGCUGCUGCUAAAGCCAAAUCACCUAAUCUUGGAUAUGUACCUGAUUUUGUGCAGGUUGCAAUGGCCCCAUUUAUUAAAGAUAUUCAUAAAAGAGGAAUCCGUGUGGUCUGCAACGCUGGUGGUGUGAAUCCUUUGGCUUGUGCUGCAGCUCUGCAGAAGGUUGUUGAGAAAGCACAAUUAGACUUGAAGAUUGCAGUUGUGACAGGAGAUGAUCUAAUGUUGAUGAAAGAUAUGUUCAAAGAAGUAGGCGUCACAGACAUGUAUAAUGGAAGUCCUUUUCCUGAAAGUAUCCAAAGUAUGAAUGCAUAUUUAGGUGCCCAACCAAUCGGCAGAGCUCUGGAUCUUGGAGCUGAUGUGGUGGUGACUGGCAGAUGUGUCGACAGUGCCCUCGUUCUGGGACCUCUAAUUCAUUCUUUUGGCUGGAAAAAAAAUGAAUUUGAUCUGUUGGCUGCUGGAAGUCUUGCAGGUCAUCUGAUUGAGUGCGGUCCCCAGUGCACAGGCGGAAUAUUUACAGACUGGCAUAGAGUUCCUGACUGGGAUAACAUUGGCUUUCCAGUUCUUGAAUGUUCCUCUGAUGGAAGUUUCACCCUUUCUAAACCACCUAAAACUGGAGGCUUGGUAUCAUUUGGUACUGUGUCUGAGCAGCUUGUGUAUGAGAUAGGUGACCCCCGUCACUACCAGUUGCCUGAUGUUGUCUGCAAUUUCUCCCAAGUUACCAUAUUUGAAAUAUCAGGUAUAGAAGGAGGAGCUGUGCAUGUCCAAGGAGCAAAGGGAUUACCUCCUUCUGACAGUUACAAGGUUUGUGCUACGUACUUGGAUGGAUAUCGAACAACAGUUGUGUGUCCUGUGGUAGGAUGUCAGUCUGUAAAGAAGGGAAGACGAACAGCAGAGAGCAUUUUAAAGAGAGUGCGACGUAUGUUCAAGGAAGUUGGACUAGUUGACUUCAAAUCGGUGAAUGUACAGAUUCUGGGAUCUGAAGAAACCUAUGGAGAUCAAACUGCAAGGAGAACUUAUAGUCCUCGGGAAGCUGUUAUUUGGUUGGCAGUUCAUCACAUGGAGAAGAAAGCCCUAGAACUCUUCUCCCAUGAAAUCGCUUCAGCUGGUACUGGAAUGGCACCAGGUCUAACUGGAAUUGUUGGUGGAAGACCCAAGGUGUCUGCUGUUCUAAAGCCAUUCUUCUUUUUGCACCCAAAGCAGAAUGUUACGAUUGAUCUAUUUAUGAAUGGAAAUCAUGUGGAAACAUUUAAAGAAGAUUUUAACUAUCCACAUUUAUCUGCAUCAGAAGAAAAUGCAGAACAGGAGCAGGAUGAUCUAACUGAUUUGCCUACUGGCCCUUGCAGCUAUCGAUUAGAAGAACUGGCCUACACCCGGAGUGGUGAUAAAGGCAACACCGCUAACAUAGGCAUCAUUGCUCGGCACCCUCUCUAUUAUCCUUAUUUACGGAAAGCAGUGACUGCCAGGGCUGUGGAGGACUAUUUCCAGCAUCUAAUACAGAAGGAAGAUUCUGGCACAAUGAUGGUAACCAGAUUUGACCUUCCAGGAAUCCAGGGAUUAAAUUUUGUGCUGAGAAAUUCAUUGGGUGGCGGAGGCGUUGCAUCUUUAAGGAGUGAUCCGCAGGGUAAGGCAUAUGGACAGAUGUUGCUGGACUUCCAACUGACAAACGUACCUGAUCUGAAGACACUUGUGGAAGAAUAAUUUGAGGUGGAAAUGCCAUCCCGCGAGCACAGCUCAGACAUUCUCCAUCUCGCUAUUCUUCACAGGGAUAGACAAAUGCCAGAUUAAUUUCUUCUGCAUAGUAAAGGAAUUAAAAAUUUAAUUGCUAUGAAACUGCACAGGUAGGAAAUAUUAAAAAAACAGAAAAUGCUGGAACCACUCAGCAGGUCAGGCAACGGCUGAGAAAAGGCAAACAAAUUAAUGAUUACGUCAAAGACCCUUUUCCCUUGGUAGUAAAAAUGAUGCUCAACUCUGAGGUCAGGAAAGGUGCUUUAACAUACACGUCUUCUUAGCUAAAUGGUGUUAAUGGACAAUUAUGAAUGCAUGUUUCAGCACUAAAUAAAUUCCAUAACUUAACACAA